UUCAGGAUCCAGAAAAAAAAAACCUUUUUCAUAUUGCAGUAAAAAAGUCCCAAUGUUGAGAGAAACAGUUAUUCGGAAUAAAUUAUGGUUCAUCCAGAAUGAAUAUGUUUAACGGAAUUCAGAAAGGAAACACUACUUUGAAGUGUUUCUCUAAGAAUUCUUAAAAUAUAAAAGUAUGUAUAUGAAUUCAGAUCAAGUACAAUUAUAAUCAAGUUUCCAAAACUUCUCCAUAUCAUCAGGCGCCUUUUUUAGUAAACAGUAUUCCCUACUGAGGCUUGAUUUAUUCUGGACAACAAGAACUAUUCAGAAAAAUAUCUCAGAAAACUUUGUACUUUGUGAACCUUAUCAUUAUUGUUCGAAGGCGUAUAUACGUUCCCGUAUGAUGGAUUUCAAAGCUAGUUGGACUUGUUACAACUCAAUAACAAGCAGUCUUUUCCACAAGAAAGGGUAUCAAUAUAUUUCACUUAAUGAGGAAAUCUACUGUACUCUUGGCAUUCUUCGGCGUCAAUGCCAACAUAUAAGAAGUAUCGAAAUGUUUGGUACUUGAAUCUCUUCAUAUUCUCUUCACAGAUGACAAGCUUGUUAUGUCGACAUAAUAGUGCUAGAUAUUUUCUGUUCGUACAGAGUAUCAAAGAUCAUAAUAAGUUUUUUUAAACCCUAUGAAAAUUGGGAUUCCAUAACUAAUGCUGCAUUUCCUAAAGGAUUUACAGAAAAAACUAUUCAGUAAUCCAGCUUCUUCUUUAAAAACAAAAAUAGCUAUGUCCGUCAGUUCUCCAAAUUUACUUGAAGCACAUUUCAAAGGUUGGGUUCAAUGUUGAGUAUUUUGAAUGAUAUGAGGUUUCCAUGUUUGUUCGUAUCUCAAUGUGAAAAUGAAAAUUGCAAGCGCUCAAGAAAAAGAUAUAGAUUACAAGUCGUAUUCAAGAACUUUUUCAGAGAAACUAUUGAAAAGCGAAAAGAAAAAAGAGGAAGCUUUCAUGGUUGUGCCUACGCCGUUUUACGUUUUACGUGGACACUCAUCUAGUGUUACUGCCGUUGCUUUCGAUAAGAAAAAUCAUCUUUUUUCAGGCGACGAAAAUGGGUUUGUUAUUUGUUGGUCCCUUUUAGAUAUGCGCCCUUUGCAGGCUUGGUACGCUCAUUCAAAAAAUAUUUUGGGAAUGGAAGUCAUCGAUAAUGACAUUUUGUGUACGCAAAGUCGAGAUUGUCGCUUAAGCGUUUGGAAAAUUAACUUUGAUCGUAUUACUUCUUCUCUACCUUUGUCUGAACUGAGCCGCAGGCAAUCACAGGAGAAUGCUCUCUCUCAAAUGAAUUCCUAUAAUAGCAACGAUUUAAUUACCAUCUACUCAAGCAUUCACAUCAAUGCUUUGACUUUUUGUUCAUUUUCUUAUGAUAAAUAUGCAAAGGUCUUGGCAGUUUCAAACACCGUCAAUGUUGAUGAAAUCGAUAUUUAUGAAGCAAGAGACUUACUAUCGGAGAACACGAAUCAAGACAGUUAUGGGACAAGGCUUCAAAAUAAAAUAAGACCCACCACGAAUAAUGAAAAGACAGGUGCUUUAAUGUGCACGUCUCUAAUUUCCUCUGGGGAGCAUCUUUUGCUGGCUGCUGGUUACGAAAGUGGCCAUGUAGCUCAGUUUCAAUGCAAUUUAAGCAAUGCGCGGAACGUCUGUCUCAAUUAUCAAGACGUUUGGGAGAUGAGCUAUUUUGAAAAAUCUCAUUCUCAACCAGUAUUGUCAGUGAAGUAUAAUAAACUUGCCAAUGCAUUAUAUUCUUCUAGUGCAGACGAUCGGAUCGUACUGCACUCUACAUUAAUAAACCACUCUCUUCAAAGUGAGCCCAAAGUAACACGGUCAAAGCAUUGUGGUCAACAAUGUUUGCAAGUUCGCCAGGAUGAUCAAAUUAUUGCUACCGCAGGUUGGGAUGGUCGCAGUCGUAUAUACAGCUGUAAAAGCCUCCUUCCUCUAGCUGUUUUAAAAUACCAUUCUUCUACCAUCAAUUCUUUAUCCUUCUACUCAAACUCUAAUAUCAUCGCUUUGGCCAGCAAGGAUUCUCGAAUCUCUCUUUGGAAAAUAUACUAA